GAACCUUGAAGGAACCACAUUCAAAUGAAAACAUGAAUCUUUGAAGGAAACUUUUCUCUUUUUUUUCUUUUUUUGUUUUUGUUUUCUUUUAAACCACAAAACUUUUUUCUUUUCUUUUUUUUGAAGUGUGAGGAUUAUUUACAUGACAACAUGAGUGUGAGGAAGAAAAAGGCCGGGCUGGUGAUCAGCUGGCAGAGGUCCAUCUCCAUCCUGGCUCCCUGGAGAAAAGGGAAAGGAGACAGAGACGCCGUGUUGGACAGUGAGGUCGUCCUGACGAAAAUGAAGUUCUUCACUAACUUCCACGAGAAGCUCCUGACGUCCGUUGACUCUGCGUCGUCGGAGCAGGACGUCUCACACGACCACAACACGACCCCUGAGGUGAAUUCCCGUCUGAAUGAGAAGCCGACGCAGCUUCAAACGGACGCGGGAUCUGAAUUCCUCCCCGGCGUCUUCUCAGACUCUCAGCUGCCGAGGUUGUAUAAGUUUGAAUCCGACGACUCUGGAGUGGAUCUCCCCAGCGGAGCCAACUCUCCGUCCACGCCGACGGGCUCCGAGCAGAGCUUCGUGGUCCACAGUCGGGAGUCGUCCUGCCUCUCCUGCAACUUGACCUCCGACCCCAACGCUCUCCCCGAUGAACAAGCUCAGAACUCUGAGAUGAAACAGGCAGAGGUGGAGGAUCAGGACGACGUGUUGAUACAUUCAGAGGAACUGUGUUCUCCAGCUGAGACGGAAGACCUUCACGGAGAUGGAGAUGGAGAUGUACAUGUAGAUGGAGAUAGGGAUGGAGAUGGAGAUGGAGAUGAAGAGCAGUUCAGAGCUUCAGGAAACAGUCCUGAAGGAGGUGAGGAGAUUUCUGAAGAGCUUGAGGAGAACAGGACAGUAACUCAAAACACCUGCACAGAGGAAAUCAGGUGUGGACAACAAUCAUUAGCAGAAAACCGAGAUGACGCGAUGGCCAGGAGGAAGAGCGCCACCAGUGACAGCCUGGAGGACUACAUGGAUGAAUGCUGCAGACUCAGUGAGGAGUUUGUCCAGCAGCAGUGCAUCUGUGGAGCUGCCAGUCUCGUCCUCCAGCCCGUUCAGAAGAGACUCUCCAGGAGUGAAUAUCCGUCCCUGAACGGGACGCUCUCUGACCUGUCCACCAUCCCCGAGGUCACCCAGCAUCCUCUCAUACCAACCACAGACGUGAGCAGCGAGAGUUUGACAUCGAUCCCACUGUGGAGGAGAAGCCUGAACCGGAGGAGUUACACUGAGGGGGAGGUCCGCUGCCUCGGGGACAGCGCCGAGAGGCUCUCCUACCCCCAGCGAAGGCAGAGUGAAAACCACACUUGGGGCCGAGUCAAAGACCUGGUGAGGAAAACUAAGUUAAGGAACCAGAGCAGCAGACUGGGACUCUCCUCUGCCUCGCUGAAGAUGUCAUGUCCACAACUCUACAGGCCUGAUCUGGGACCAGUGGAACCUGCUGGAAGAAACAGGAACUCCAUGAUCGUCCUCGGUCACCAGAGUAAACUGGAUUUCCCGUGGCUUCCGUAAUAAUCCAGGUCAGAGUGAGACUGCAGUGACGCAGAGGUGACGACAGUUCUGCUGCUUCUGGUGAAGGUGGAUGAGGAUUAAAUAAUCUGGGACUAUAUUAAAACACCUGUAUAUUCUCUGUUAAUACGUUUAUUAUUAUAUCUACUAUUUAUCAUAGUCCACAAACCAAAAUGAUAAUAUUUGAAUGAUUUUUUUUUAUUAUAUGGAACAAAGAAACAAGAAAAUAUUCAUAUUUAAGAAGCUGGAAAAUCAGAAAACGUGUUAGAGACAGAGUUUUCCUGUAGUUGGCUGAAUUUUCUUCAUUUUCUUUUGUGUAAACGUGGUUUUGUAGAGUGUGAGACGUUGUGUAACAGCAGUCGUGUACGGAUCGUACAUCACGUUUACAUACGAGCUGAUGAUAAGAGCUCAUCUUGCGUAACAUUACAAAUACCACAUACGAUCACAUGACCACGAGCAGCAGCAGCAGCAGCAGCUCCUCAGCUUAAUCCCCGAGUUAAUUUGGAGUGAAAAUGGAAAACAUCAUUUAUGGGAUGGGUUUUAUGAUUCUUGACGUUUGGUUCCUCGUGUUACGGGGUAACCAGGCUCCUCUAGAUUAUUGUCUAUUUUCCUCUAAAUGUGAAAAAUAAUGAACAAAAUUGACAUGCCCCCCUGGUGGCUAACUUACUUACUUCCCGGACUUCACUUUUCAUGGUUUAUUAAAAGAAAAAUAAAUAUAGUAGAUGUGAUCUUUAAAAUCUUAAACUUGAGAAUAUAUUGAAGAGCCAUUUUGUCAAAUGGGCGUAAGAAUAUUUAAAAACUCGAUAGGCUACUUUUCAAACGUUUGUUUUUGUUUUUAUUUAGGUUUUGUUUACGUCUUGUUCUGAGAGAAAGAGACGGAGAGAGAAAAAUCUGACGUGUUUUGUUUAAAGGUCCAGUGUGUAAGAUUUAGUGACCUCUAAUGGUGAGACUGCAAACUGCAACAAAUGGAGAAUUCCACUUUUUUGCCAGUUUUCUCUUGGAUUUGUGUGGGCGGGGCCAACGUUCUUCGUAUUUAAGGAAUUAUUCGCACAUUUAAAAUAUUUUUACCGACCGCGUACUUUCGUGUAAUUUGUGCGAAAUAGCGGCUGUUUUUUUCAGAUUGUGGUCGAUUUCCCCCGAGUUAAUUUUCUGACGAAUCCACAGCUCAGUGAUGACGUACAGUCGACGUAAACAGUCAAAACACUUAACACAACAUCGGAACAGCUAGAUCGUGUUUGUUUGUUUCCUCGAACUCCGUUCUUUUUAAUAAACAAGAACAAUUUUAAAAAAACGAUUAUGAUAGUUUGUUUGUUCUUGGGAAGGUUGCGUCGUAAUUUGCGUCCACAUUGGUAACAACGCUCUACGUGGGAAUUUUGCGAAUGAAAACAGCGUUGCAACAUGUUUAUGGAUACAAAAAUGUAACGUUACUAUGUGUACGACUUAUUUAAUGCGAUACAAAUGAGACAAAUGCGAUUUAAAACGCUUAAAUUCGCAGAGUGUUUUUACAGUUGAUGUAAGUUUAAGGCUGCUACAAAUUUACGAGUAGGAAAUCCGACUUGUCGGGGCAUUCCAGUUGAAACUUCCAAGUAGGAACCUCGGGAAUACAUCCCGUGGCCAAGUGGAAAGGGACCUUGACUUGUAACCGGAAGGUCGCCGGUUCAAAUCCCACUAAGGGCUAGGGUACCCCUGAGCAAGGUACCCAACUCCCAAUGCUCCCCGGGCGCUACUCAGUGUGGCAGCCCACUGCUCCUAAAUCUAGGAUGGGUCAAAAUGCAGAGGAAUGCUUUCCCUGAGGGGAUUAAUAAAAUUAAACUUUAA